AGGGUAACCAUGGAGGAGGAUCGCAUGGGUAUGAGGAUUCAAUCGGAAACGAUUGAAAUUACGAAGGAUGAGAAAGGCUUGGUUGGCAUAUCCAUAGGAGGAGGUCAUCCCUAUUGUCCAUGCGUUUAUGUUGUACAGAUAUUCGACAAGUCACCCGCAGAAAAUGAUUCCAGGAUACGAGCAGGUGACGAAAUCGUAGCCGUGAAUGGAAUAUGCGUCAAAGGGGAACGGAAGUCAGCUGUGGCGCAGCUGAUUCAGUGCAGCACAAAUCCGGUCAAGAUCACGAUCAACAAAUUGGAGACAGACUCGUCCAAAGGAAAAACGUUGGAUAUCGUAAUGAAGAAAAUCAAACACAAGAUGGUAGAAUUUAUGGAUGCCGAUUCCGCAGAUGCUUUGGGCCUUUCUCGAGCCAUACUUUGCAAUGACCCAUUACUGAAAAAGAUGAAGGUGCUUGAAAACAACACGCAGCUCUAUCGAAAUCUCAUAAGUUUCUUCAGUGAUCUCUUCUAUUUUCAAGAGAAAAUUAGUCACUAUCAGAAAGAGUUUGGUGACGUAUUUUGCGAACUUGCCGCCCACGAAGCACAUGCAAAUGCUAAUGAAGCUUUUACAGUCUUCGGCGAAGCUCAUAGACAACUCAGUAGGAAACAGAGCGAAACUCUAAAAAAUUUACGACCUCUCAUCGCUGAUCUCAUGACUUAUGUCGAAAAAGUGAUUCCGGAUACGCAGCUAACUCUAAAAAAGUAUCUCGAUGUGAAGUAUGAAUAUCUAUCUUACUGUCUGAAACUCAAGGAAAUGGAUGAUGAAGAAUUGGAGUAUCAUUCUCUAAACGAAGGUUUAUAUCGCGUUGAAACUGGUAACUACGAAUAUAGACUGAUGUUGCGCUGUCGCCAAGAAACGAGGCAAAAAUUUGUACAAAUGCGAAAUGACGUCAUGGUAAAAAUCGAGCUACUAGAUCAGAAGCAUGUGCGGGAUAUCGCGCUUCACUUGACAAACUUCGCUUCGGUAAUGAAAGAGCAUCUCUCCGAAUGUUCCUCUGUUUUGCAGAACACGCAAAACUCUCCGAUCGAAAUUGACAUCAUCGAAAGAGAAAAAGAAUCCCACUACGAGAGCGGAUCAGUCGACGACAAUGCUGAUGACACCAAUAACAUCGAACCUGCUGCUGAAGGACAGCUUAUAAGCACUUCUUCACAAGAAGAUCUAACGAAUGAUAUGAAUCUCAUUGACAUAAAUUAA